CGCCGCCGCCGCCGGAACGUGCCGCGGCUGCGCUGACGCGCGAGCGCCGGGCAGGGCGGCGGGAGCGCUCAGUCUGGUGGCGGCGGCUGCCGUGCGCGGACAGACGUGCCCGGAGCGUCGCAGCCGUCCGCGCCGCCCGCAGCCGAGCCGCGCCGCGCCGCGCCGCGCUGCCCCGGCCGCGCCCGCCCGCCCGCCAUGGUGUCAUGGAUCAUCUCCAGGCUGGUGGUGCUUAUAUUUGGCACCCUUUACCCUGCGUAUUAUUCCUACAAGGCUGUGAAAUCAAAGGACAUUAAAGAAUAUGUCAAAUGGAUGAUGUACUGGAUUAUAUUUGCACUUUUCACCACAGCAGAGACAUUUACCGACAUCUUCCUCUGUUGGUUUCCAUUCUAUUAUGAACUAAAAAUAGCAUUUGUCGCCUGGCUGCUGUCUCCCUACACAAAAGGCUCCAGCCUCCUAUACAGGAAGUUUGUACAUCCCACGCUGUCUUCAAAAGAAAAGGAAAUCGAUGAUUGCCUGGUCCAAGCAAAAGACCGAAGUUAUGAUGCCCUUGUGCACUUUGGGAAGCGGGGCUUGAAUGUGGCGGCCACAGCAGCCGUGAUGGCUGCUUCCAAGGUGGCUCGACUCUUUCAUUUUGUCUCCUCUUUGGACCUCAGAGAAGGGCAGGUAACCCCGUUGAGAGGUGUGACUAACUCCAAACUGAUCCAGUCGGGUAGAGAGGCCAGCAGCGACCUCUGCCCACCAGCACAUGGUCUGGAUCGGAACCAGGGACAGGGUGCCUUAUCGGAGAGACUCCGGAGCUUCAGCAUGCAGGACCUCACCACCAUCCGGGGUGACGGUGCCCCUGCCCCCUCCAGCCCCCCACCACAGGGGUCUGGGCGAGCCAGCGGCAAACAUGGCCAGCCUAAGAUGUCCAGGAGUGCUUCUGAGAGUGCCGGCAGCUCAGUGUGUACAUGCUGCUCUACCUGCAGGACCCGGAAAGUGGUUGAGGGAGAUGUGAAUGAGGGUGGUGUGAAGGCCUGGGAGCCCCACGAGGUCCAAAACCCAUUGGCAUUUUCGGACGAGGAGGAGGAAGAUCUGCUGGAUUUCAUGUACAAGUAUAAGGCGCCUCGAAAGACGGAGUUCCCCCUGGAGGCACCGCCUAGAGUCCUUCGAUCCCGCUUUAGGAAGAAAAGUACCUCAUCCUCAGCCACUGAAACCACGUGAGUGAGAUGAGCCAACAGCACCGGACCCACAGAAUGUUUCUUCUCUGCCUUAAAGAGCUAGUCACUAAUAACAUAGAAAUCCGCAAGCUGGCGUGCUUUGAGUGUGCAGCCUCACAGACACAGCCUUUUCUCUCUCUCCUCUUACACUUUUAAGAUUUUUAUUUUCCUUUUCUUUAUUUUGCUGGGGAGAGGCUAAAGGGAAAGGUAGCUUGUGUGUGUGUGUGGGGGGGGGUGUGACCUUUAAGUCUUGAGGUUAGUAAUUUUCUCCAAUUGGAUUGUCAGCAGUGUGGUUUUAGAAAUAUAAGAGAUCACCCUCACACUGCUGAGAUGUACAUUUGUAAUUUAUUUGUUGCAUACUUCGUUUUUAGUCCUGUAAAUGCAAACAAAGCAAUUUUUUUAAACUUUUUUUGUUCUUGGUACUAAUGCUUUGGACUACGGUGUACAUAUUUAUGGCUUUUGGCUUAAUGUAAUGGACUCGCAAGGGCUGCCAGAGGUUCUGAUAUGUAAGAAAACUACGAGAUAUGUAAAAAAUUAUUUUGAUUCUAGAGAAUGUCUCAGAUGUGCUUGUAAAGCUUCCAAAUACAACUCCAGUAAAACAGCCCUUUUCCUGUAGGAUGAUGGUCCAUAUUCUUCAGAUAGAUGUUAAGUCAAUAGACCAGAGACGUUUAGAAUGAAGAGACAAUAUUGUACUGACAGACACGAGUGUAAUGAGGCCAGGGGAACAGCCCAGAAUAAGAGAGGUCACAAGAAGCUUGUCUCCCCCUGGAUUCUGGGUUAAGAGCUUUUGAAUUUUGUCGAGGGAUGUACCAAUGGCUUAGGCAGGUGGCUCACCUUUGGUAAAACCUCCUGGGGAUGUGAACUCACAGGGCUGUUGUGAGGAAUCAUUUUGAGUGUUCCAUCAGUGCUUGACAAAUGAUUGUUUCUCCUUCAUAGUAACCAGUUCUGUGACUUAUUUCCCCAGGUAGAGGAGCCUAUAAUCUGAGCACUUGAUCAAGAGAACAGUAAGCAAAAACCGACCAAUCAACCCAAAACAAACCUAGAACUAUGUUUCAGAUAUGCUGUCAAAUACGUUUGAGACACCUGUCAAAAUGCUGGGUUCUAGAAAGGUUUCAGAGGUUGAGAUCUUUAUGGACUGACUUGCUGCUCAGCUCCCUGGGCAGCUGUGGCUCACACCCUUCCCGGCUUGUGCAGAAUGUGAACGAGAGAAGUCGCACUCAUGGGCACUCCGCGUCUUACCAGACGUCUUAUGCAAGCCGAGAUCGCUUAGUAUAAUAGAGCACUAGCUAAGGGGACUCUUUACUUAGACUGAGAACUUUAUCUGAAAAGAAGAAUCUGGUUUACAUAGCAUUUCAGUCCGAGGUAGCUGCUCCCCACCCCCUUGGAGAGCUGAGCCUAAAAUGUAGGACUUGUAUAUUUGUGCUUAGAGUUGGUGUUUUCUUUCAGUGUAAUGCAUGCAGUGGUCACAAACCAGUCACAUAUAAUACUUGGAUUGUGUUUGUUCAUAGAUACGCCCUGAAGACUAGAGAAUUAGUGUUAUGUACCACAUAGAACUUGCUGUCAACCGGCUAUAAACAGGCCCAGUUAAAGACCGUCUCAUUACUGAGCUACAUACACCAACAUACAUCAGUAGUCUUUGCUGAUGGCACACUGGCUGGAUCUUAGCCACCCGAGAAAGGGUUUUACCUGAAGUUGAUUGUUGCCAGAUAUGCACAUUUAAAUCCCUUCUUCCCACAAUUCCUCUGAAGGUGAGUUUGUAAUUUACAAUGGGAUUUAGGAAAACAAACCUACAAGCAAAUUUGUGGUUCAGAGGGCAAACAUAGGCUCUUUAUGAUCUUUCCCCCACACCCACCAAUCCUUAAACCCAUUAGGGAAGACAGAAAAUCCAAUUUCUUAAAGCUCACUGAAUAGUUUCAGAGGAAAAAUAUAUGCUUUAAAUGUAUUUACCUGUUAGUUGGGAGUACCCAGAAUUAUCAGAAACAGCUUAAGCAGCUUUUUAGCAGUGUUUUUUUCUUUUCUUUGCCAAAAUAAUAAAUGCCUUUAGCAGCAGAGAUCCUUCGUGAACAAACUAUAUUUUCACCAUUUUACAAUGUAAAGUUUUAACAAGUACAAGCUAUCAAGUUUGCACUCAACUAUGCCAAAAACAAGUUUGAAGCACUCUACUCUCAGACAUGCUGUAUUACUGCUCAUUCAAGAUUUAAAAAAUUUAAAGGUAUCCAAACUGCUGUCUUAAUGUAAAUGUAACUAUUUUUCCUUCAAGUGUUGAUUAGGGAGUUGGUUUCUCUCUUAAAAACACUCACUGUACAAAUGAGAGCAGCUGUCAUAUUUCUGGCAAAAUGUGUUUACUUAUCCAACAAGCUGUAUAUUUGUGUAUGGACUGACAUAAAAUGUGAAUGCCUCCAAGUGUACAUGUAGUGCUGUGGUGUUCUGUCUAGAGGAUAUAACUGAACGUUUUUAAUUUCCUGAUUUACAGACAUAGGCUGUUUACAAAAUGCUAGCUUGAAAGUCUGUAAUUUUCAUGUAAUAACUUUUAGUUAUUUGCCGUUGAGCACCUGUUCUGUUUCUGAGGAGGUAAGAUGGGGUGGUGUACUUAUACACUAGAAAAUGGAGUCAUAAUCCCUCCUGGCUUUGCGUGAAUAGCUUGCUCACUUCACUGGCCUCUGAAAUGUGUGUAAACUGUCCGUGUGUUUGUGAUAACAGUGCUUGUCCACCAUGACCACAGCUGAGUAUCUUCCUAGUCCUCGCCUUGCACAGUAUUUGAAACGGCAAAGGAUGUGCUUCAUUCUCAAACGGCACACACUCGAAAAGCUGACGUUCUCGGUUGUGACUGUGCAGUUUCCCUAGUUUAUUCCUGUAGUCCCUAUAGAAUGAUCUGUGAUAAAAUAGUAUCCUGGACUGUGCAUCAAAGGGAUGUAAAAUUACAGUAUUCCAAAGGUUGAAGUUCUGCUGUUUUGUUACAAUGCCUGAUAUAUACCUUGAAUAAAGUCUUAACGUUUUUCUUUUAAAAAA